UUUGAAUCGGCGGCGUUGUUAUUGACGCCAUAUUGGGGCCGGCGGCGGGUGGAAGAGUCUUACGGAGGAGAGGGAAGUGGCUAGACGUGUUUGUUUGAGCUCCUGACGCCGCUGCUGCCUUGCAAUCUCUCCUCAUCGACCGCCGGUCUCAAGCUUCUGACCUUACUCGGGCGUUUUAGGAGCCGCAUUCCAGCCUUACGCCUCACGGGGCUGGUAUCGACUGCCAAAGGGAGCCGGUUUCAGCGCGGGAGCGCCUCCGGCACGGCGCAAAGCUCGAACGGACGGCGGGGGCGCCCGGAGCUUCUCCCGGGGGAUCCGCUCCUGAGGAGGCGCAAGAGCCCCCCUGACGCGGCUGGCGUGAGCUGUCGACACCGCCCCUCCUGCUCUCUCCUGUGCCUGCCCCGGCCACUGCCCCUGCCGCUGAGGCAGCGGCGGCUCCCCUCACCUCACAGGCGCUUCGACACCCGCCUUUCUGCUCUUGCGCCCGUUGGUUAGCCUCUCCUCGAGUCCUUGCCCUCCUUUCCCGUCACCCCUUCUCAGCCUCACCCCUCACCGAGCCCGGCACCUCGGCCUCUCCGGCCAUGGCGUGCGGAGCCACUCUGAAAAGGACUCUGGAUUUCGACCCGCUGCUGAGCCCGGCGUCCCCGAAGAGGAGGCGUUGUGCGCCAUUGUCGGCGCCCACCUCGGCCACAGCCUCCCCGUCGUCUGCGGCCGCGGCCACCGCCGCCUCCUUCUCGGCCGCCGCCACCGCCUCGCCCCAGAAGUAUCUCCGAAUGGAGCCGUCCCCAUUCGGCGACGUCUCGUCCCGCCUCACCACAGAGCAAAUUCUGUACAACAUAAAACAAGAGUAUAAGCGCAUGCAGAAGAGAAGACAUUUAGAAACUAGUUUCCAGCAGACAGACCCGUGUUGUACUUCUGAUGCACAGCCACAUGGAUUUCUUCUCAGUGGACCAGCUUCACCAGGAACUUCAUCUGCAGCAUCCUCACCAUUAAAGAAAGAACAGCCCUUAUUCACUCUACGGCAGGUUGGGAUGAUCUGUGAACGUUUGUUGAAAGAACGUGAAGAGAAAGUUCGAGAAGAAUAUGAAGAAAUACUGAACACAAAACUUGCAGAACAAUAUGAUGCAUUCGUGAAGUUUACGCAUGAUCAAAUAAUGCGACGAUAUGGAGAACAGCCUGCUAGUUAUGUUUCAUGAAUCACAUUUUCUGCAUUUGUGGGCUGCCUUGUUCCUUGUUGAAUUGUUGCGAGAGGUCCCAAUUAUGACAUGCAGCAAUGUCAAUACCCCCCUGUGAAUACAGGUUAUUUCAGGCUUUCGUCUGUGGCAACCACUCUUAGGCAGCAACUGGUUUUGGAAAUUUCCCUGAUGUCAGUACCACCUGGAUGUGGACUUUUGCUACCUGUAUUUAAUACCAGUGGCCUCAUUUGCUGUAUCAUUACAAUUUGGCUUCUUAUAUUAAUAUGUUUGAAAAGGAUUAAAGCUGGUAUUCUAAGAAUAUGCCCUUCAAUGGUUGUGUAAAUAAAACUGUAGAAUGACACUUCAGAUGAAGUUAGUGUGAUUUUAAUUGUGCACUACAACCAAGUUGUAACCAGUUAUUAAUACUUUAGAAUGUAAUCCCAGGACAUUAUUAAGCAAAUAGCCUACAGUGCUUCCUGUGAAAUAGUGAAGGAGGAGGGCAUUUCUGUAUUUCAGGACUUCUUGGGGUUUCAGAAUGGGUUUAUAUAAUUUUCUCUCUUCCACCCCCCCCCCUUUGGUAGUUUUUAUUUAUUCUAUCAGUCUUUUUAACAAAUGUUUAUUGCUGCAUUUUUCUCCCCAGUGUAUCAUUGUUUUACUGCCCUUGUAGUACUGGAAUUUAGUUGGAAGAAUAAAACAUUUACUUCUAAUUUGCUUGUUUUUUAAUGUACAGGUGGGUAGUAUUUGAAUAAAGGCAAUGUUUUAAAUGUAA